AUGUGGGGAAGUCUAAUAGCGCUAUAUUCAUCGAUAUUUCGGUUAUUCCCUUGUUGCCCCAGGCGAUCGAAGUCACACACCCGCAUUAUGCAUAAUGCAAUUAUCAAUGAGUUAGUGCCAAGCAUAUCAAAUGAAUUUCCUAUACAAUCAGAUAUUUCACCAAAUAUUGCCAAUGAUUUAUCAUUUUUUGGUGAAAUUCAUUACAAAUUAGACUAUGAUUUUGGAAAUAAUAAACUAGCAGUGACAAUUUUUGAAUGUAAAAGACUGGCAGCAAUGGAUCGAAACGGAAUGUCAGAUCCAUAUGUAAAACUAUAUUUGCUACCAGAAGGAAAGCCAAAAUUUGAAACAAAAAUUAAACGAAAAUGUUUAAAUCCCACUUUUAAUGAAAUAUUCGCCUUUAAUAUAGCAUUUGCGGAACUUCAACGUAAGACACUUCAAUUGAUUGUGUAUGAUUUUGAUCGAUUAAAAAAGGAUGAUCGAAUUGGUCAAUUAUCAAUACCACUGGAAAAAGUCGAUUUUGGUAUUACUGUGGAAGAAUGGUCUCGAUUGAAUCCACCAGAACACGAAGCUAACUCAGACUCAAGACUCGGUGAUCUUUGUUUCUCUUUACGAUAUCGGCCAAGUACAAUGAUUUUAACUGUAACAAUUAUGGAAGCUCGAAAUCUUAAGAAAAUGGAUGUUGGAGGUCUAUCAGAUCCAUUUAUCAAAAUGCAUUUAUAUAACGGUCGGAAAUUGAUAUCGAAAAAGAAGACAACACGAAAAUAUAAAACAUUGAAUCCCUAUUACAAUGAGAGUUUUCAGUUUAAAUUGGAACAAGAAUUAUUAGAAUUAAGUUUUCAUUUCGAUUUAAAAGUGCAUUUGGUUAUCAGUGUUUGGGACUAUGAUAAAGUGAGCAAAAAUGAUUUUAUCGGUGAAAUAAAACUUGGCUCGCUUUGA